UCCCUUGCAUUCGUCCUCAGCUGACACUCUCAGAGAGCUUCUAUGGGACUGAGCAGACUUCACCGAAUCAACCUGGAGUAGAAUCUGCUGUAAACUGAAACGGGCCACAAACGCACACCCACACACACACAUACGUAUACAUCUACACACUUGAGGAAACAAGACACACCAGCCCAACAGAGCAUUUUUUGUUUUCCUUGAUCAUGACGGAUACUGCAGCAGAGGAAGACAAGGACCCUGACAUCGAGCUAUUUGUCAAGGCUGGGAUUGACGGUGAGAGCAUUGGAAACUGCCCAUUCUCUCAGCGCCUCUUCAUGAUCCUCUGGCUGAAGGGAGUAGUCUUCAAUGUCACCACUGUUGACCUCAAGAGGAAACCGGCUGACCUUCACAACCUGGCCCCGGGGACUCACCCGCCAUUCCUCACCUUCCAAGGGGAGGUACUCACCGACGUCAACAAAAUCGAGGAGUACCUGGAGGCGAAUCUGGCUCCACCAAAGUAUCCCAAACUUGCAGCAAAGAACCGUGAAUCCAACACAGCAGGAAAUGACAUAUUUGCCAGAUUCUCAGCUUACGUCAAAAACACAAAACCAGAUAAACAUAAUGGAUUAGAGCAGAGUCUGAACAAGGCCUUGUCUAAGCUGGAUGAGUAUCUGAUGAGUCCACUACCUGAGGAAGUUCAGGCAGGACAUCACUUUGAAGGAGAAUCCAACCGUAAAUAUCUGGACGGUGAUGACCUGACGCUUGCUGACUGCAACCUCCUGCCCAAACUCCAUGUAGUCAAGGUGGUUGCGAAGAAAUAUCGCAACUAUGACAUCCCGACUGAAUUCAGAGGAGUUUGGCGUUACCUGGGCAACGCCUACGACCGAGACGAGUUCACCAACACGUGUGCAGCCAACGAGGAGAUCGAGCUAGCCUAUCAGGACGUAGCGAAGAGACUUGGGAAAUAAAUCAGCACAACCACAGUCACUGUUCUACCUUUUUCUCUCCUUUUAGAAAAUCGAAUUAAUCAUACUUCUAUUACAUUGCUUUUUUUUUUUUUUUAAAGGUGCAGUGUAGCAUCUCCAGUCUGAUUCUACUGUAAUAAUAUUUACUGUAUGAAGAGUCUGAAAAUAGUUUGUUUACUGUGAUUAUACUGCUCUCAUUUCUCAGAGAAUAAUGUGAUUUUUCUUUUUUUGUUUUAGACAAAAAGUUUUAAAUUGCUAAACAAUGAAUUGUCCAAUCACAGGUAAGCACAGCAGGUCUGUCAAGCUCAAUACUUGGCAUUUAAAGAGUUUGGAUGUUGAGUUUGUCAAUACUUUUCAAAACCAAAAAGAGUGAAAGUGUAAGGAAUGGAUUAGACAUCCAAAAAGCUCCUCUUUUAAAGUGAACUCAUGCAGAUAGAAAGCAGGAACAAGUAUGUAAGCUAAGCAGCCAAACAGUGUUAUGUUAGAAUUAUAAAACGUUUGAAUUAAAGAUGUCAAAAGUGAAGGGAAAGAAUAAAAAUCUGUUCUCUAUUGAAAGAGUUUUCUCCCUGAGCUCUACCGAAGUAUGACCUCUUUCUGCUCCCAUUAAUUGAACUCUUUAUAGUUUCCAUCAUCAUUUUCUUCUAAGGAUGUAAUAGAAAUAAUGGGAUGCAUAAAGCAGGGUUUGAUUAUUGUAUUUUACAUGCCCUCUCUUUUCCCUCUGUGGAUUUAUGUGUGAUUUGCAGGUUGUUUUAUCACAUUGCGGGGUCGGUUUAUUAGACAGUGUUGUCGGAAAAUGCUGUUUAGAAUGUGUUUCAGCCAAAGUAAUUUGCCUUUUUAGCCUCUCAGCUUUGAAGACUUUAGAGAUGUGGUUUCUCCCUUCUCUUUUCUUCUUGAGGUAAUAAACAUUUUGUUUUGAGCAGUUAAAUUUGGGAUAUCAUCUGCUUGAACUGCACACUGGAGAUUUACCUCCCCUUUUAAAGCAGUCUCCUUAUUUUUGUAGUCUCACACCAAACUUAACAGCUCAUUCUUCACCUUCAUACACAGUCAAUUCUCACCUGAAAAGGUCAGUCUCUCAGAUUACAACUAUACAAUUAGUCACAUAAAUCAGCCCGUAAUGAACAAAGAAAACCCAUCAAAGCAAAGUUUACCCCUGCUGCUGUGUUCUCAUGUGAUUUAGUACACUGAUGGUAUUGAAGUCAUUUUAAUCAUGGGUGCCUUAGAGGGAAUCGAGCUCUCCUUUGCCUUCAGCUCUUUACGUCUGUACAGUAAAUGAUAUGUAUGAAUAUAAUAUGAAUGUGAAUUAUUGAUGUCAUCAAAGGAUUUCUACUGCUGCAUAGCGCUGUGUGAUAAUUAUAUAAACUUAAUGUGUCUGUAAAUGACUGCAGCUCAACUAUAUUCAUAUUCUUUCUGAUGAUUAGAACCAUGAACACACUGUGUAUAUGUCGCUUAUUUGAAUAAUAAAUCUAUUUUCUCAGAGA